AUGGAGAAGUCCGUCGUAGUCCGCCGCGAAACCAAUGGAGACGACGUUGAGGGAGAAGCGGAACGAGAAGCCCUCUUUGCACAGCUCAAAGUUCUCUGCUUGGAGCUUCUGAGCCUAUCGCAAAACCCUCAAAAGGACCCGACCACGAUCCCUGCGCUGCUCCACCUCCUCCGCCGUGCUCCUCCGUCCUAUCUCCAGUCCUUCUUCCACUACACUUUGUUCCCGUUGCUUCUUCUGUUGGAUGCCGCAGUAGCUUGCAGAAGUCACGGGAAUAAUCAGCCGGAGAGUUUCCCCAAAAAACCAUACAGAGUGAGUGAUAAAGUAGCAGAAGGUGUUAUCUCUUGUCUUGAGGAACUUCUCAAGAAAUGCCACAUUGGAUCCGUAGAUCAGAUGGUUGUGAUUAUGAAGAAGUUAACUAGUGGUGCUAUAUUAACGCCAUCUGAGGCUGCUGAAGAGUUUCGCGAAGGCAUCGUCAAAUGUUUCAGGGCGAUGGUCUCUGGUCUGCUUCCAUGCUCUGAUGAUUCUUGCUCGUGUAAGCGCACUCUUGGCUGGCCUCAACUCUCACAUAGAAGAGAUUAUCAAACUCAAGUUUCAGAGUCAUUUAAGUAUGAUUCAGAAACCCGAGAAUGCUUGCUUGCGUUUCUUCAGUCUCACUCUGCUUUGGCUGCUGUGGGUCAUUGGCUCUCCAUCCUUCUCAAAGUGGCUGAUGAUGAGGCUUCUCGAGGACAUCGAGGAAGUGCAAACCUUCGUGUCCAAGCCUUUCUGGCCUUACGCGUACUUGUCGCUAAGAUUGGUACUGCUGAUGUGUUGGCGUUUUUUCUACCCGGUGUUGUUAGCCAAAUUGCCAAAGUGUUGCAUGUUUCUAGAGCAAUGAUAAGUGGAGCUGCAGGAAGUGUUGACGCGUUGGACCAAGCAAUUAGAUGUUUGGCCGAGUUUCUUAUGAUUGUCCUGGAGGAUGAGGCUAAUUCAUCGGCCCUCGACAUUUGUGAUGAUGAUUCCAAGUCUCAGAUGCAUGAAUCUGCACACUCAAUUUUGAACGAACUUCGUUCUUUGACUACCAAAUCACAAGUGCAGAGUUAUGAGCUCACAGAGACUACAAACCAAGAGAUUGUUGAAACCAUCAAUGGACACGAAAAAUCCAGUCUGAAUCUGAGUCGUGACUCCUUUCAUGUUCAACGUACAAAGGAAUGGUUAGAGAGCACUACAUCUCACGUGAAUAAGCUGUUUUGUGAGACAUUUCCUCAUAUUCUUAUUCACCCAGCUGGAAAAGUUAGAUUGGGAUUUCUAGCAGCAAUACGUGGAUUGCUAUCCAAGAGCCCUCGUUCGUUAAAGGGUGCCAGAUUGGUGAUGCUGGAAUGCGUAUGUACUCUGGUUGUUGAUGACUCUGAUGAAGUUUCUGCUGGAGCCCAGGAAUUUCUCGACCAUCUAUUCUCUGAAGGUGCAAAAUAUCACGUAGAGAGUGAUAUAAACAAGAUCUUUAGCAGACUACUUGAGAGGCUUCCAAAAGUGGUUUUAGGGAAUGAGGAAUUGCCUGCACUUUCGGUGGUGAAGCAGUUACUUGUAGUCACUUAUUAUUCUGGUCCUCGAUUUUUGGCGGAUCAUCUUCAGUCUCCCAUAACAGCUAGCAGAUUCCUUGAUAUAUUUUCCCUCUGUCUGAGCCAUAAUUCAGCAUUCACUGGUUCUCUUGAGAAACUCAUCGCAGAAAGGCCUUCAUCAUCGUCGACAGGUUACCUUCCUUCCAUCACAGAGUUAAAAGUGGGGUUCCGGGAGAGCAGUUACAGUCAAGCCGUUCCAAAUAACACCGAAUCAGAUGGAGGAAAAUUGGAGAUAUCAUCGGCCACUAGCUAUAUCUUACCUCGCAUGCCUCCUUGGUUCUCUCAUGUUGGUAGCCAGAAGCUCUACGAAAUGCUCGCUGGAAUCCUUAGACUUGUAGGUUUAUCCUUAAUGACAGGAUUUGAAAAUGAAGGGCGUUUAGCAGUCAUCUUGGAUAUUCCUCUGGGGUUCUUUCGUAAACUGGUUUCAGAUGUUCGUGGAAAAGAGUAUAACGGAGAAGACUGGGAAGCUUGGUGUAAUCGAACUGGUUCAGGACAGUCAGUUCGCCAGGCGGCAACCGCUUCUUGUAUCUUGAACGAGAUGAUUUUUGGUCUAUCAGAUCAAGCGACGAAUGAUCUCUCAAGACUGCUUCAGAAGUCGAGAAAGGGAAGAGACAAACUUUCCUGGGAAAUCUCAUGGAACAAACGUGCAAAAACUCAUCUGAUUGAUUGUGUUGGCAAAAUCUUGCACGAAUACCAAUCUUCUGAAGUGUGGGAUCUCCCCGUGGACCAAAAGGCAAUUCCUGCACAAACCGAUACCGACGUUCAACAUAUUAAUCUGCAUUUCCUAAGGGACACUGCAAUGCUACACCAAGUCAUUAUAGAAGGAGUAGGAGUGUUUUCCUUGUGCCUUGGGGAAGAUUUUGCUUCAAGUGGAUUUCUUCACUCUUCGCUUUACCUUCUGCUUGAGAGCCUUACUUGCUCUAGCUUCCAAGUUAGAAAUGCUUCAGAUGCUGUCUUACGUCUUCUUGCUGCAACCUCAGGCCAUCCAACAGUAGGGCAUCUGGUUGUAGCAAAUGCGGAUUAUGUAGUUGACUCUAUUUGUCGUCAGUUGCGCCACCUGGAUCUUAAUCCUCAUGUCCCAAAUGUUCUUGCUGCUAUGCUUUCUUAUAUUGGAGUUGCCCAUGAAAUAUUGCCUUUGUUGGAGGAACCGAUGCGAUUGGUUUCCCAAGAACUAGAAAUUGUUGGUAGACAACAGCAUCCGAAUCUAACGUUACCCUUCUUAAAGGCUGUUGCUGAGAUUGUAAAAGCAUCAAAGAACGAGGCUUGUCUAUUACCAGACCGAGCCAAGUCAUAUAGUGACCAUGUCAAGAGCAAAGCAUCCGUUGCGAUAACAUCAUGGCAAGAGAAAGGCUCAGAUUCUGACAAAGCUAAGGACGAGGAAGAAUGGGAAAACAUACUGCUUGAACUGAAUCGUUCCAAACGAUACAGACGCACAGUUGGAUCGAUCGCAUCUUCAUGUUUAAUUGCAGCCACGCCUCUCCUUGCAUCAUCAAGUCAAGCCUCAUGCUUGGUUUCCCUCGAUAUAAUCGAGGAAGGUGUAGUGGCGCUGGCUAAAGUGGAAGAAGCUUAUCGAGCUGAGACAGAAACCAAAGAAACGAUGGAAGAAGUCAUUGAGUUUGCUUCACUCUAUCAGCUUAAAGACUACAUGAAUGCUACCGACGAUGGAGCAGACGAAAACCGGCUUUUACCCGCUAUCAACAAAAUCUGGCCUUUCUUUGUUGCUUGCAUUCGAAACAAAAACCCUGUGGCUGUGCGGAGAUGCUUAACCGUGAUAACCCGAGUCAUUCAAACAUCCGGAGGAGAUUUCUUCACGCGCCGUUUCCGCAGCGACGGCCCGGACUUCUGGAAGCUUUUAACAACAUCUCCGUUCUACACCAUGACCCCCAAAAACCUCCGGGAAGAGAACAAACCAGUUCUCCGGCUCCCUUACAGAACCAUGUCUGUAUCUCCCGAGUCUUCUUCUUCGAUUGCUGAAGUUUCCAGCAUGAAAGUGCAGGCCGCACUUCUCGAUAUGAUCGCCGAGCUCUCCAGAGACAAACGCAGCGCUUCAGCGUUGGAUGCAGUCUUGAAAAAAGUUGCAGGGUUGGUCGUUGGGAUCGCGUGCAGCGGCAUAACUGGCUUAAGAGAAGCGGCUUUGAAUGCGCUGAGAGGUCUGGCUUGCAUUGAUCCUGAUCUCAUAUGGAUUCUCUUAGCCGAUGUGUACUAUUCUCUCAAGAAGGAGAAACACGUGCCUUCGCCACCAUCUCCGGAGUUUCCUGAGAUCUCUAAGGUUUUGCCUUCACCAGCACAAGAUUCUCCGGCGAGAUAUUUAUAUGUGGAGUACGGUGGUCGGAGCUAUGGUUUUGAGCUGGAGUUCAGCUCCGUUGAGACCAUCUUCAAGAAAAUGCAGACUCUCGUCUUUGUAGACCAAACGCUUUGUUAA